ACAUGGUGUUUCUCCGUGUAUCGAAGCAUUUAAAGCCACACUGGAAUAACUACUUUUCCUUACGGGCGUGUUUAUACAGCGAUAAUAAAGUAAAGAAAACUAAAUCUCCAGGAGGGAAGUACAAAGACACCAUUAACCUCCCAAAGACCGAAUUUGUUCUGAGUCUGAAAAAGCAAAAGAAUGAAGACAUUGUCAAAAAGAGACUGGAAUUAAGUGACCUGUAUAAGUGGCAGCAACAUGAAGACAGACAGAAGCAGUUUGUUCUCCAUGAUGGCCCACCGUAUGCAAAUGGCAGGUUACAUGUUGGUCAUGCCAUUAAUAAGGUUCUUAAAGACAUUAUCAAUCGUUACUAUUUACUGCGGGGAUACAAGAUCCAUUAUGUACCAGGCUGGGAUUGCCAUGGUUUACCAAUAGAACUCAAAGCUUUGACUAAAAACAGGAAACAGAAAAUGACAGAUGUCUCCAUCAGAGCUGUUUCCAAGACCUUUGCAGAAGACUCUUUGCAAGUACAGAAGGAGGGUUUUCAGGACUAUGGGGUGAUGGCUGAUUGGGAGGGACAGUAUUAUACGACCAUGGACCCUCAAUAUGAAGCCAAACAGUUGGAUGUUUUCUAUAGGAUGUUCGAGAAGGGACUUGUAUAUCAAGGAUACAUGCCUGUUUAUUGGUCACCAUCAUCCAGGACGGCUUUAGCAGAAGCAGAACUUGAAUAUAACCCUGAUUUCAUUAGUAAGGCUGUAUAUGUUAAAUUCCCAGUGGUAGUGGAUUCUCUAAACAGAUUUUCUUCCUUGAGAGAUGAGACCAAGGUUUUUGCUUUGAUUUGGACCACAACACCGUGGACCUUGCCGGCCAAUGAAGCCAUUUGUUAUGGAGCGGGUUUAAUAUAUUGUUUAGUUCAAGAUCCAGUUAAUAAUGAGGUUUACAUCUGUGAAAAGGGAUUUGUGGACCAACUUCAUUCUUUACUAAAUAAAAAGUUAAACAUUAUCAAUGAAUUUAAAGGUACUGCUAUGAAAGAAUUUAAAUAUAUUAAUCCUCUAAAAGAAAUCAUGAAUCCAACUCAUGAUGCAAAAGUGUUACCUUUCUUGGAAGGUGGUCAUGUGACUGCUGAUGUAGGCACCGGAUUGGUUCAUACAGCCCCAGCUCAUGGCCAUGAGGAUUUCCAGAAAGGUCUGGAAUAUGGACUUCCUGUGGACACUCUGGUUGAUGAAGCUGGGAGGUAUACCCCUGAAACAGGCCCACAUUUAGAGGGAAAAAGGAUUCAUGUUGAUGCAGAAGAUACAGUUAUUUCAUUACUAAAGGAUUAUAUUCUACUACAAGAGGAUUAUAAACACAGUUAUCCCAUUGACUGGAGAACUAAGAAGCCUGUCAUCUUACGGGCGAGCAAACAGUGGUUUAUAGAUACGAGCAAACUUCAGGAUCAAGCCUUGGAAUGUAUGAAAGACGUUGAGGUAUAUCCUGACUCACUACGACAAAACAUGGAUACACAGCUAAAAAGGAGGUACUGGUGUAUUUCCCGACAGCGAGUUUGGGGGGUUCCAAUUCCUGUGUUCUAUCAUCGAGACACAGACCAAAUUUUAAUAAACAGAGAGAUUUUUAAUCAUGUUCAGGAUCUAAUAUCAAAGCACGGUUCAGACUGUUGGUGGAAUAUGAGUACAGAAGAACUGUUACCAGAGGAAAUACUCUCAAAGAGUGGUCUGGGGAGCGCUGCUUCUUAUCGGAGAGGAAGUGACAUCAUAGACAUCUGGUUCGACAGCGGAACAUCCUGGGCUUCAGUUCUCCCUGAUGACAAGGUUGCUGAUGUGUAUCUGGAGGGCCUGGAUCAGUUCCGCGGAUGGUUCCAGUCCUCCCUCCUCACCAGUGUGGCCUACAGAGGGAAGGCUCCUUUUAAGAAGUUGGUUGUCCAUGGUUUUGCUGUAGAUGAAGAGGGACACAAGAUGGCAAAAUCUGUUGGGAAUGUGGUAGAUCCAGGGGAGAUAAACAAAGGAGUCAGUAAGACUACAGGGAUUCCGUACGGACUUGAUGUUCUCAGACUGUGGGUGGCCAACUCUGGUCUUCAAACAAAAGUAGCCAUCGGCUCUAAUAUACUGGACAUCCACCAACAGGAACUCUUCCAGAUUCGUAAGAUGUUACGCUAUCUACUGGGCACUCUACAAAGAUUUGAUUCAAGCAUACACAGUAUAAAUUACAAUGAUCUACUCCCACAGGACCAGUACAUGCUGUCUCUUCUAUACACAUACGGAUCUCAGGUCACAUCCAUGUAUGAAGAAUUUAAAUUUGGAAGAGUUUUGAUACUUCUCCAAAAAAUUCUUAGUGACCUUUCCAAAUUUUAUAUAACCAUUACUAAAGACAGGUUAUACUGUGAUAAUGUUCAGGACAUCCGACACCAGUCUUGUCAGUUUGUGUUAUAUCAUACACUGGAGACUCUAACCAAGUCAAUCGCACCUAUCCUUCCUUCAUUAGCUGAAGAGGUCUACAAAUUUCAUCCAGAGAAAAAAACAACUCCAUUGUUUCACACCAAGUGGUACACCAUGCAGCCAAACUGGAACAACCCAGCUGUUGAGGAGUUGAUUUCUAAUGCCCUUGUGAUCAGAGAUCAUAUAAAUGAAAACCUGGUGUCUGAACCUCCUGGAAAUUAUGAUGUUCUUGUGGUAGCUGAAAAUCCACUGUAUAAAGAAUUACAGAAACUUCAGCAGGCAGAGACAUUGACUGAUUCUCCCCUCUGUGAAAUACUCCAGACAGCAGUGACAAGACUGAUCAGUUCUCCUUCAGAGGAGAUCAACCCUACAGAGGAAGCCAGGGAUAUACACAGUGUUCAUUCAGAGGAGAUAAAACCUAUGGACUAUGCAAGGGUUAUACACAGUGUUCUCUCAGACUCCCAGAGUUCUCAAGAGGAAGCCAGGGUUAUACACGGUGUUCAUUCAGAUUCUAAGUGUUCAUUUACAGUAGUGCUGACAAAGGCCCGUUACUCUAGGUGUGAGCGUUGUUGGAGAAAUACAGCAGACAAUAAUAACCUGUGUCAGAGGUGUUCUGAUGUACUGUCACACAGUAAAGACAGUCUAAAAGUGUAAAAUAAUGACAAUAUGACAUCAAUUUAUUAUAUUUUAAUCAGUAAUCAUUAUAACUUAUAUCAGUGAUGUCUUAUUUUAAAGAUAUUUGUCACUUUCCUGAUCUGCCACAUAAAUUCAUAUUUGUAUGCCCCUGUAAUUGAAGAUUUGGGGGCAUAUAGUUUUUGCCCUGUCCGUCCGUCUGUCUGUGUGUCUGUUUGUCUGCGAAAACUUUAACCUUGCCCAUAACUUUUGAUUGAUUGGAGCUAUGGCUUUCAUAUUUCACAUGUGUAUUCCUUAUGACAAGACCUUUCUUUGUGUACUAAACAUUUGACCUUGGAGAUUGACCCAGUUUUGCUAAUUUUUUCAGACUUUAACCUUGUCCUUUGGAUACCAACAACUUUGACCCUUUGACCUUGGAGUUUGACCUACUUUUGAAAAAAUGUUAACCUUGGCCAUAACUUUUGAACAGUUCAUGCUAGGGCUUUCUUACUUCACAUGUGUAAUCCUUGGAACAAGACCUUCAUUCUGAUACCAACAACUUUGACUCUUUGACCUUGACCUUGGAGUUUGACCUACUUUUGUAAAACUUUAACCUCAGCCAUAACUUGUGAAUGGUUAGUGCUAGGGCUUUCAUACUUCACAUAUAAUCCUUGUAACAAAGCCAUCCUUUGGAUACCAACAACUUUGACUUUUGACCUUGAUGUUUGACUUACUUUUGCUAAACUUUAAGCUUGGCCAUAACUCUUGUACGGUUGGUGCUAGAGCUUUCAUACUUCACAUGUAUAUGUAAUCCUUGUGACAAGACCUUCCUUCUGAUACCAACAACUUUGACCUUGACCGUGGAGUUUGACCUACUUUUGUAAAACUUUAACCUUGGCCAUAACUGUUGAACGAUUAGUGCUAGGGCUUUCAUACUUCACAUAUGUAAUCCUUGUGACAAGACCUUACUUUGGAUACCAACAACUUUGACCCUUUGACCUUGGAAUUUGACCUACUUUUGAAAGAUUUUAAACUUGGUCAUAACUUUUGAACGGUUGGCACUAGGGCUUUCAUAUUUCACAUGUAUUUCUUGUGAGAAGGUCUUUCCUUGUGCAUCAUUAAUUUUGACCAUUUGAAACCUUGAUGUUUGACUUACUUUUGAAAAACUCUACCUUUUUCAUAUCUUUUCAAUGGUUGCUGCUAGGGUUUUCAUAUUUCACAGGUAUAUUCCUCGAGACAAGACCUUACUUUGGGUACUAACAUAUUUGAUUUGCAUUUGAGAAAGUUUAACCUUUGCUACGAGUUGCCAUACGGGGCAUCAGUGUUUCACAAACACAUCUUGUUUAUAUAUUAUAUAAAAAAAAGUUAAAUACAAUGUACAUAAUGGUACUUUGUCAUGUUAAUUUUAUUGUUUAGAAAAUAUUGAGUUACAAUUGCAUGUAUAUGUAUAUCUAGAACAGUUCAUGCAAAAAGCAGUUUUUUUCGUUUGUUUAAUUAAAUAAGGAAAAAUCUUAA